UUUUAACCGUUGAUUACGUGAUUUCGCGGCGGGUAGUGACGACACUGGAUGUAACUCCAACGGACCCUGACCCAAUGACAACAUGACCGUUAUCACAGAUAACACGGUCACGGUCGAGGAAUCUAAAACAGAGGAUGACGAGCCGCCGUUACUCGCACACUCCGAGACCCGGACAGUCCAGGUUUUCGAGAAUGAUGACGUCACUUUAGUGUGCAAAUUUGCCGAUAGGGGCGGUGACCCCACUGCCAUCACCUGGACACGAGGGGAUGUUCGGCUGAUCGGGGAGCGGUUUCGGAUGCGACACGCGUCGAAGGCGCGCUCGCUGACGAUCCAGAAAGCCAGACAGGAUGACAGCGGCGUCUACAGCUUCGCCGCCACGAAUCCCUUCGGGGAGGCCAAUGGGAGCUUCGAGCUUUCGGUCAAGCCGCAACACCCCGCCGCUCCCGUCUUCCUCAGACGCCUCUCCGAUCUCGCCGCCAAAAUCGGCACCAGGACCCGAUUCCUGGCUGAAAUCACCAGCCCCACUCAAAUUAAGGUAACAUGGUUUUUCGACGAUCGACCGAUCACCCCGAAUCCAAGAUACAAUGUGAUCCGGGAGGGCAAUUUCUUUUGCGUGGAGGUUUCGCCCAUCGCGCUGGAGGACCAUGGCCGGUGGACGUGCAUGGCCGAGAAUGAGCAAGGCCGCAGCUCAUGUUCCUGUCAUCUCGAUGUUUUGAUUCCGAAGGCAUACAAAGCUCCUCAGUUUUUGGAGGAACUUCGGGCAUUGCUAACGGAGCAAGGGACGGUCUCACUGGAGUGCAAGGUGGUCGGAAUUCCGACUCCUCACCUGAGAUGGUUCAAAGACAAACAAGAGAUCAAGCCGGGAGACCUGUUCGCCCUCUCGGCCAACCCUAAGGAUCCGACGUCUCUGGGCACCUACAUGUGUCAGGCGACCAACUGUAUGGGCACCGCGUGUUCAGUCUCUAAGGUUAACUUCAUCGGCAACCAGGUGCCCACGAGUCUCUUGCCACCUGGACCAGCCCCCGUUUUUGUGAAAGAACUGUCCGAUCACAAAUCAAAAAUCGGAGAGGUUCUUGCGUUAGAUUGUCAAGUUGCCGUCCCGCCGUGGCCGAAAAAUAUAAGUUGGUACAAUGAAAAUGGGGUCGUCGAGGAUAAUGAAAAGUACAAAACGAUGGCCGAUGGGCUCGGCGGUUAUAGUUUAGAAAUUAAUCCACUGGAUGCUACCGAUGCGGGCAUCUGGAAAUGCGUAGCAACUAGCGUGACUGGCGUCAAAGAAAUUACUUCCUGCCAUCUUGAUAUUACAUUCCCUAAAAAUUACCGAAAGCCAAAAUUCUUAGAAGGACUGAAAGCGGUGCUGACGGAAGAAGGUUUGGUGUCAUUUGAAUGCAAAGUAGUCGGUUUCCCGACACCACACCUUCGAUGGUUCAAAGAUGGACAAGAAUUAAAGCCAGGAGAUGUUUAUCAGCUCACUGGAACUAACUCCUUAGGAUCAUAUUGCUGUGUGGCUAAAAACUGCAUGGGUGAAGCUAAAAGUGGUGCCGAGUUAACGGUUGAGGAUAUUCAAAGUCAACUGUCUGAAGAGGAAAGGCUUCAGCUUUUCUCAAAUAAUCAGCCACCUCGCUUUAUCCUCGGUCUAAAAAGCUGCGAGGCAAAAAUUAACGAAGAAUUCCGCUUCACCAUUCAAGUUAGUAUUGCGCCAGAACCAAAAAUCAAUUGGUUUAGAAAUGAUGAAGAAAUUCAAGACUGUGAAGAUUAUCAAAUCGUUAAAGAGGCGCUUGGAGUUAGUCACUUAAAACUCAAGUGCCUUAAACUGAUUGACCAGACGGAAUGGAAGUGCGUGGCGACAAACGAUUAUGGUCAAAGUGUCACUUCGUGUUCCUUGAAACUGAGCAUUCCAAAACAUUUCAAGAAACCACGUUUUCUUGAAAAUUUAAAAGCUGUGAUGUCAGAAGAGGGGGCCGUUAACCUAGAGUGUAAGGUAAUCGGUGUACCACAACCGGUGCUAAAAUGGUACAAAGAUGGAAAAAUUUUACAACCAGGUGAUAUUCAUCGUAUCAUCUCGGGACAAGAUGGAAAGUGCUGUCUUGGGACCUACACUUGUGAAGCUGUUAACUGUAUGGGCAGUGUAUCAAGUUCUGCGUCUCUUUUGGGCUUCGAGGAUCGAGCACAAGUUGUCGACAGCCGGCCUCCAGCAGAUCUACACGUAACGCGAGACUUAUCCUUAUCCACAAUUCAAGAAGAGCGAACUUCUCAAAUGUAUGAAACUGAACAUACUUUGACCGCCGAUGACCGAGAGGUGUCGUUCUCUUUCGACGGCAAAGAAGUGUCCGUUUCUCUCUAUGAAACGCCUGAUCUAACGGAAGAGGAGGCUUUACAAAUAGUUGAGAUGUAUGCAGAAGAGCUGUCAGAGCAUAUUUCAGAGCAUAAUGUCAUCGACUUACCACCCUUACGUUUCGUGAAAGAGACGUCCACGUCCGGAAAUCUUCUCAUGGAAGCGGUCGUAAUUGACGUCACCACCGAUUUCUGUGGCCCAGCUGAGGACGAUCUCCGAACCGAUGCCGAUUUCGAAGAAAUUUCGAUUGCUGAGGAGUAUUCGCAAAGACCAAUGGAAGACUUCGACGACAGCGUGUUUUCGGAGCGACAACGCGAAGCAAGCAUCGUCUCCACGGUGACUCACUCCGAUGGUAAAGUCACUUUGGCUCCGAAAAAACCUCCAAGGAAGAGGUCCGAUAAUAGCGAGAGUUUAUCCCAUAAAACUAGUGACUCAUUCUCUGAUGCUGUGACUCAGUUAUCUGAUGACAUGGAAAGCUAUAAAAGUGCCAUCGGUAGCCUGGCCAGCAAAUCAGAUAGGAAAAGAUCUAAAUCUGACGAGGAUAGUAGUGAGCAUGACAAUAAAUCGAAAAGAAUUAAAGACAAAGAUGGUGCAGAGGAAGAGCUUUCAAUGAAGAAAGCUUUUGAGGUCUCUGCGAUGAAGCCCUCAACAGAACCUAUGGAUGUUGAUGUGCAAGAGUUACCUUCAAUUCUGAAAAAGUCAAAAGUCACCGACUUGGAUUCGGAUUCUCCUAUGAAAGGUAAGAAGGAUGACAGUCAGGAAGGAAGAAGAAACUCGAAAGAAAAGGUCUCAAGUCGCAAGAGCUCCUCAGAUUCUAAUAAAGGCAGGAAAAGCUCUGAUGCCUCCAGCGCAGACGAAGAGAGGCAGAGGAAAAAAGUGAAGAAAACCAUAUCAUUCGAAGAUCAGAAAGUGGCUGAGCCACGUGAAAAGUCCGUUGACAAACAACCGCUCAAACGGGCCAAAUCCUACGACACAGAGAACGACGAUGACUCCCUGCAAGAAUUUGAAAAGCGCAAGUCUUUGAGGAAAUCUGACAGUUCAGAUAUCUCAUCGGAUACUUCCUUCCAGAAAGACCCGCAAAAAUCCGAUUCUAAGCCUGAGGUUUCCCUCAAAAAAAGAUUGUCCAAAGAUGGCAGCGGUGACUCCGCCUCAACCGACAGAGAAACAGGAUCCAAAUCAAAACGGAAGAAACGGAGAGGCUCUCAAAGAUUGUCCAAGUCUUCCAGCAAGGAAGACGAUUCCCUCGAGGAGUAUGAAAAACAGAAAGAGAGAAGUAAAUCGUCUGAGAGGAAGGAAUUACUCUCAUCUGAAAAGGAAGUUUUCGUGCAAGCAGUUGAGGCCCUAAGUCAGGGAGACGAAGGUCAAAAUAUAGAAAAGAAUGUCGAGCCUCCUCCACCUUGUGAUACUGAAUACAUUUCGUCUUCCGAUGCUUUCUCGCCGGAGGCGCAUAAAAAGUCUCUAGAAAGCUUGGGCCACGAGACAACCUCCGACGUGGAGAGUAUUAUUAGUCAAGAGCGAUCCGUGUAUGAGGACACCCAUGAUCAAACUGAUACAACCUUCGAUCAAAAUCCAUCUGUUUUAGAAUCACUCACUCAGUCAUUGCAGGAAAUUCAAAGGGGACUAGCGGCCGUGGAAUCACAGGUUCGGGCAGAAUCAAGUGAUGAACCAUACUCUGCCCAAGAGAGCCUCACGAUUCUGGAAUCUUUAGUGCAACCCAUAACGGAAAUUCAACGUGGAUUGGAACUGGUGGAGCAGAAGAUCAAUGAAGAUUGCGCAACCGGUGAAUACUCCGCCGGCAAGACAGGAAUUGCCAUUCUGGAAACUCUAGCACAGCCUAUCCGUGAGUUUGAAAGGAGUUUGACAUUCGUGGAACAGCAGCAAUUUCAGCAACAACAUUCGAUGGCGGAUGGGUCGGAGGAGUCUCUACUUGAGCGGACAAACCAAUCGAUUCUUGAAUCCGUUGCACAGCCCCUCCAGGAGUUGCACCGAGAAAUAGCUCUCAUUCAGAAACAAGCUGUAAUGGAGACCGAUACGGAAUCCUUUUCCGGCAUCGUUACAUCGUUCCAACCAUCCAUUCGUGAUGUCCGAGGAGGUGUUGAACAAAGCGUUACAACACUGAAAGAUGAUGUCUCUGAGCUAUCUUCGUUCAGUGCUUUGUCAACUGUUGCUCAAAGCUUGGAAGAAUCCAUGAGAAACGCAGUGACAGUCGUUGAGCAAGAUGUGCGAUAUAAUGUCCCGUCUCAGAUGGAGGCUGAACUUGAUGAAGAUAUACCUUUGACCGUUAGAGAAAUCGAAAAAGAAUUUUCAGAUUCAGACGAAGCUCUUAAGAAUCUAUCCAACAAAAUUGAUCCGAUCCUCGAAGAGCUCGUUAAUCACGCGGAGACUCUACAAAACUGUUUAGCAAAGAUUCAAGGGAAGCAGCUCGAAUUGUCAAAUAAAAAAGAAAACUACGACAAAGAAGAAGCAAUGCUUAACCAAUUUAUCCCUUUAAUCGAGCCACUUCGGGACCUUCAAAGUGUCUUAUUAAAUUGCAUCUCUGAGGUAGUGUCAAAUGAAAUAAAUCCUUUCGAAUCAGAAGAGGUUGCUUCGAAAUUGACAGCAUUAAUAGCCAAUCCCCUUAAAGCUCUUAGGGGCUGUAUAGCAGUUCUGGAGUCUUACACCGCAGUAUUGGAUGGUCCAGAGUUGGUUUCUCAAGGUGCAGUAUUACUAAACAGACUAGCGAAUCCAAUCAAUGAUUUAGACACGACCAUAAAGUUGGUCGAACAUCUGUCCGCAUUUACAGCAUUGGAUUACAUGAUUUUACCCAUCGAAGCUUUGGUGGAUGCAUUAGAUAAUAUCGAUUAUGAUGAAGUUUCAAUCGAAGAUAUCGCGAGAGAAGGCUUGCCUCUGGUGAAGAACUUGGAUGACUCCGUUGAAAUACUUAUCAACUGUAUUAGAACCAUUGAUAAAUGUGCCUCAGCUGAAACAUCCUUUGUGAAGCAAAAGAAACUUAAAUAUUUUGGAACUUUACUAGCACCUCUGAUAAACUUCCAAGAGGAAUUGCACAAGCUUGAGCAAACCUUCGCCGAUGAAUCAAAAUUGAAUCAGGUAUCAGGGGCUCAGGUAUAUCAACUAGCUCAGGAUAUAAGUACCCCUUUACAGUUGUUACGUAUGGAACUAUCGGUGAUGCAGCAUCAGAUAGAGCUUGAGGAGUACAGUUCAUUCUUAUAUCCCGAUAGGGAAAAGUCAGUACUCAUUGAACUGGUUGAGCCUCUAGCCCAAGCCCAGAAGUGUGUUUCAUUUUAUCAUGAUAGAAUCGUCGAUCUGCAUCCAGAUGAAAAUAUUGACGCCGGAAACAUAGUGUAUGCAUUGAAAGUCUUGAAAAACCCUCUCUCCGAUCUUUGCACGAGUAUAAUAAAAGCCGAAGAAACCAUUCUGCAGUCUGCUCCUGCUAUUUCAGAUCCCAACAUAGGUUUGAAAAAAGUCCACCAAACUGUUGGUGAUUUGCAGAAGGUCAUCGCGUCCAUAAAAGCGCUACCUUUAAUGCAAAAUGUAACUGCUGAGGAUUUGGCGAUUUGUGAUUCCUUUGCAACUCUGUCAGAGCCACUUGAAGCCAUUCAAUGUGGAUUAGAGAUUAUUGGGCGUCAAAUUCAUGAUCAAGACGAGCAAAAUUUGGGCACACAAUCACUUAGCAAUUUGGAAGAGCCUUUUGCUACGUUGCAAAAAACUUUGUCAGCCAUUGAGCAGAAAAUAUCCUCUCAGGAUUUUUCAUACCAACUGAAUGAAUUACGUGGGACCGUGCAGGACCUUCAAAGGCACAUAUUAGAAUUUCAAGAUCAAAUUUCCUUUGAGUACGGUAAUCAGCCAGCAUCCAUUGAGUACAGUAUUCUUACAUUGCAGUCAAUAGUUCAACCAAUGCAGGUUUUAUUGACUCAUUUAACGAAGGUUUGUAAUGUUAUCUCUUUCCAGUCUACUGAAAAUAAGAAUUUGACGCGCAUCCCUAGUUUGAGUAACCUUGUUCAAAAUGCAUCAAACCUUAACACAAAAUUCGAUGAAUAUGCAAAGACGACCCAAGGAACUUAUCCGACCGAGGGAGUUAAAACACCCAUGCAAGUAAUGUUGUGUGAAACAGCCCUCGUUUUGGAGACAUUUGUCCAGAAUUUGCACGAUUUUGACGAAUCGAUGAGGAUUAGUUCAAAUCCUGCGGCUGUAGAUCGCACCCCUAUUACAGACACUUUAAAAAAUUUACAGCAGCAUCUCGUUCAACUGCAGGAUGAGAUCCAGUACCAUCCUGACAUCCCUUUAGCAGUAGUUGAAAAAAGUAUACACACACUCGCCGAUACACUGAAGGAUAGUCAUGAUAUCCUCUGCACAACGAAGAAUCUCCUUGAAUUUGUAUCAGUCCUAGCUGAAAACGUCACACCCAUCGAAAAUUUAGCAGAGCAGUUACAUGGUCUAAAAACUGCCACUUUCACAUUGGAGGACGUAUCUAAAAAGGCCAUUGAUAGUGCAGAUAUUGCAGUAAAAGCACCAAAAGAAAGAGAGACUAAGUUGACAGGUAAAACAGAAGAGUCUCAAGUAAGAAAGACCAAAGAUGUCGAAGAAAUGACAAUCGAACAAAAAGUUAAAGUUGAAGAGCCCUUGCCGAAAAAGGCCCUAGAAGGGUUGGUUGAGAAAACAGAAACUAAAACAGAUAAGACUAAAAGCCAAGACAAGGAUGCUCAAGAAAGUAAACAUGAAGAACUAGAAGAAGAGAAAUUGGAGCUACCACGUCAAGGGAUAGUUUUUGAGCAGCCGAACAAAGAAAUAAAGAUGGACGUUGAAUUUUCGUCACACGAUGAGCACUCUCAACCACUUUCAUUAAAUGAAAUAAAGAAAAGAGGGGAGAAAAUGGAGUUGGACGUAGUUCAUCAGGAUGUUGAACAGGCAAUGGAUAUUUCUGAGUCACAUAUGCCAAAACAGGAGACAUCUACUGCUAUAAUUAACGCCACUGAAGAUGACAGCAUUUUAAAACUUCAAGAAACCCAGACAGGACCAAAACCAGAUACCUCUACGCCGCCAAGCAAGCAAAACGAAAAAGAGACGGUGAAACAUUCGCAAAAUGAGCCAGAGAAAAAGGCGAAGGAACAAAGUAAAACUAAACAAAAAACUAAAGUUCCGUCGAGUUUGGAGAGCAAAAGGAAACACAGCAUUAUACCUAUUGAUCUCCAACUCGAGUCUGUGAAUGACGUUUUGUCCACUAUACGUAACUUCCGUAAAAACAUUGCAAUUGACUGUACUGAAAAUUUUGAUAAUGAGUCUCCAGUUCAAGAUUCCCUUCUCGAAUUUAUCGAUGAAAUUGAACUCUUUGAAACAAGCCUGAGACAGUUCAAGGAAAACACAGAAAUUGAUGAAAACAGCUUGACUCCUGAUUCUGUAAAAGGGAAUCUUGAUGUUCCAUUGCUGCGUUUGAAAAAUCAAGUAUGUCUUCUAGAAAAUGUUUUCAAUGCUCACCAGUGUGAGUCACUCUCAGCUGCGGUGACUGAUCUGAAAGAAAUCGUCAAUGAGUUAAACGAGAAUCUCGAGAGAAACUCUUUUGAGCUCAUGCAACUGGAAGAUCUAAAAACACCCUUAAAAAUUUUGAAUUUAGCCGUCAUUGAAUGGGGAUCAAAGGAAGACGGCGAGGUCCAACUAUUGAAAAAUCAAGCAAAUAAUGUUGCCUCCUUCAAUCCGUCAGAUUUGAAUAAAUUUGUUGUAAAAGACAUGGUUGAUUGUAUCUCAAGCAUUGAUAACGAAAUCUACGGUAUUUUGAAUCAUGCCUCUGAGGGUGUCACAAAUGAUAUAUUUUAUGAAUGCACAGAUAAUAUAAAAAAUCUGGCUAUUGUCUCUGAAAAGCUCAAAGUAACUGAAAACAAAUUAAAAGCCUUAAUCGACAAGCCAAGCGAGAUGCCCGUUACAAUUUUGAAAGAGUCAAUUAAAAAUAUUCAAGAGCACAUUUUUUCUGUGGAACAAGCACUUUGUCUAAACACACUUCAACCUCAGACCGUGCAAAACACAGUCUCGAACUUUCGGGAAUAUUUAGCCGCUCUUCAUCAUGAUAUCCAGGCGUUUGAACGCCUCAACGUCGAGGACAGCAAGGCUUUAAAUUUGGAGAAGCUGAUAGAGCCCAUUACAGUCCUCCUACAACAGAUAGAAGAUGUGAAACAUAGCACAGUAGCAGAAAAAAUAAGCACAGCUUUAAUUGAACACAUAGAUAUCUUAGAUCAGACUGCAGAUGAAUUAAGACAGCAGUUAACAGCAUGCAUGUUGGAACCGCAAAUAACUGAAAGUGAGAUAACGACUCUUGUAGAACCUUUUAAGAUAAUAAAAUCCGAGAUAAAUGACAUUGCACCGUACAUUAAUCGUGCAAGUAAACGUCGAAGCAUCUCUACCGAUGAAAAUCUUUUAUUGCAAAAUUUGUCGGACGCUUUUCAGACCAUUGCAAGUAUAGAGUUCGAAGAAGUUUCUGAUUUAUUGGUCAACCAAAAUUUCAAAGAAAAGACAAAAGUUGCAAGUGAAACACUGGUGGAAGAACUGCUAAUCAAUGCAUCGGCAAUGAAACAACCGUUGGUACAACAGUCUGAUACUCAAAAUAAACUAAAACAAGAGGCGAAAAACGUACCAGAACAAGUACUUGAAGAAGGACUUACGCCGGAAGUGGGCAUUAAAUUAAAACGAGAAGCUGGAGAAGAGUCCAAAAUUGAGGUUGAGCAAAAGACACGAAAAGAAAUUGAAGAAAAAACAGAACGUGAAGCAGAAGAAAAAGCAAAGAUACAAGAUGCGGAAAAAACUAAAAUAGAGGCCGCAGAGAACGUGAAGCAUGAAGCAGAAGCAGAGGCCAGACGAUAUGCAGAGGAAAAAGCGAAGCUAGAAGCCGAGCACAAGGCCAAAAAAGAAGCAGCAGAGAAAGAAAAACGUGCAGCUGAAGAAAAAGAAAGACGGCAAGCAGAAGAAAAAGAAAGACGGCAAGCAGAAGAAAAAGCAAGGCAAGAAGCUGAGAUUAGGACCAAAAAGGAAGCAACUGAGAAGGCUAAACGUGAAACAGAAGAAAAAGGAAAUCGUGAAACAGAGGAAAAAGCAAAACGUGAAGCUGAGGAAAAGGCCAGAAAGGAUGAGAAAGCCGCUCUUGGAGCGCAAGAAAAAGCUAAAAAGGAAGCUGCGGAUAAAGCAAAAAAAGAGGCUUCAGAAAAAGCUAUACAUGAGGCAGAAGCAGAAGAGAAACAUGUUGCAGAGUCAAUAGCAAUACAGGAAACCGAGGUGAAAGCCGAUAAAGUAAACCGUGAAGCGGAAGAAAAAGCAAAACAAGAGUCCGAGGAGGCGGCUAAAAAAGAAGCCACGGAAAAAGUUAGUAGUGAGGCUGCAGAAAAAGCAAAACGUGCAGAGGAAGAAAAAGCAACCUAUGAGAAACAAGAAGCAGCAAAACGUCAAGCAGAGGAAAAGGCACAACGUGAAACAGAAGAAAAAGCAAAACGUGAAGCAGAAGAAAAAGCAAAACAUGAAACUGAAGAAAAGGCCAAAAAGGAAGCUGCAGAGAGAUUGAAACAUGAAGCAGAAGAAAAAGCGAAACGAGGGGUAGAAGAAAAAGCGGAACGUGAAAGAGAAGAAAAAGUGAAACGUGAGGCUGAACAAAAUGCAAAACGUGACGCAGAAGAGAAAGCGAAACGUGAGGCAGAAGAAAAAGCAAUGAAAGAAGCAGAAGAAAAAGCUAAGAAGGAUGCAGAAGAGAAAGCUAAGAAGGAAGCAGAGGAAAAAGCCAAAAUGGAAGCAGUAGAAAAAACAAAGCAAGAAGCCGCAGAAAAGGCGAAACGUGAAGCAGAGGAAAAAGCCAAACGGGAGGCGGAAGAAAAAGCGAAACGUGAAACAGAAGAAAAAGCAAAGAAAGAAGCACAAGAAAAAGCUAAACGUGAAGCGGAAGAAAAAGCAAAACAGGAGGCAGAGGAAAAAGCAAAACUUGAAGCAGAAGAAAAAGCAAGACGGGAGGCAGAAGAAAAAGCUAAACGGGAGGUAGAAGAAAAAGCAAAGCAAGAAGCUGCAGAUAAGGCCAAGAAAGAAGCCGCAGAAAAGGCGAAACUUGAAGCAGAAGAAAAAGCUAAACGUGAAGCAGAAGAAAAAGCUAAACGUGAAGCUGCAGAAAAGGCGAAACGUGAAGCAGAAGAAAAAGCUAAACGUGAAGCAGAAGAAAAAGCUAAACGUGAAGCUGCAGAAAAGGCGAAACGUGAAGCAGAAGAAAAAGCUAAACGUGAAGCAGAAGAAAAUGCUAAACGUGAUGCAGAAGAAAAAGCAAAGCAAGAAGCCACAGAAAAGGCGAAACGUGAAGCAGAGGAAAAAGCGAAACGUGAAGCAGAGGAAAAAGCAAAACGGGAGGCGGAAAAAAAAGCUAAACUUGAAGCAGAACAAAAAGCUAAACGUGAAGCAGAGGAAAAAGCCAAACGGGAGGCGGAAGAAAGAGGUAAACUUGAAGCAGAACAAACAGCUAAACUUGAAGCAGAAGAAAAAGCUAAACGUGAAGCAGAAGAAAAAGUAAACCGUGAAGCAGAAGAAAAAGCAAAACGGGAGGCAGAAGAAAAAGCGAAACAAGAAGCUGCAGAAAAGGCCAAGAAAGAAGCCGAAGAAAAGGCUACACGUGACGCGGAAGAAAAAGCAAAGAAGGAAGCUGAAGAAAAAGUGAAACGAGAAGCAGAAGAAAAAGCAAAGAAAGAAGCAGAAGAAAAAGCGAAGAAGGAUGCAGAAGAAAAAGCUAAGAAGGAAGCGGAGGAAAAGGCCAAAAUGGAAGCAGUAGAAAAAGCAAAGAAGGAAGCAGAAGAAAAAGCAAAGCAUGAAGCAGAAGAAAAAGCAAAGAAGGAAGCAGAGGAAAGAGCCAAAAAGGAAGCAGCAGAGAAGGCGAAACUUGAAGCAGAGGAAAAAGCAAAGAAAGAAGCAGAAGAAAAAGCGAAGAAGGAAGCAGAAGAAAAAGCAAAGCAGGAGGCAGAAGAGAAAGCUAAGAAGGAAGCAGAGGAAAAGGCCAAAAUGGAAGCAGUAGAAAAAGCAAAGAAGGAAGCAGAAGAAAAAGCAAAGCAGGAGGCUGAAGAAAAAGAAAAGAAGGAAGCAGAGGAAAAAGCCAAAAAGGAAGCAGCAGAGAAGGCGAAACUUGAAGAAGAGGAAAAAGCAAAGAAAGAAGCAGAAGAAAAAGCGAAGAAGGAAGCAGAAGAAAAAGCGAAGAAGGAAGCAGAGGAAAAAGCAAAGAAGGAUGCAGAAGAGAAAGCUAAAAAGGAAGCAGAGGAAAAGGCCAAAAUGGAAGCAGUAGAAAAAGCAAAGAAGGAAGCAGAAGAAAAAGCAAAGCAGGAGGCAGAAGAAAAAGCAAAGAAGGAAGCAGAGGAAAAAGCCAAAAAGGAAGCAGCAGAGAAGGCGAAACUUGAAGCAGAAGAAAAAGCUAAGAAGGAAGCAGAAGAGAAAGCUAAGAAGGAAGCAGAGGAAAAGGCCAAAAUGGAAGCAGUAGAAAAAGCAAAGAAGGAAGCAGAAGAAAAAGCAAAGCAGGAGGCAGAAGAAAAAGCAAAGAAGGAAGCUGAGGAAAAAGCCAAAAAGGAAGCAGCAGAGAAGGCGAAACUUGAAGCAGAAGAAAAAGCUAAGAAGGAAGCAGAAGAGAAAGCAAAGAAGGAAGCAGAGGAAAAAGCAAAGAAGGAUGCAGAAGAGAAAGCUAAGAAGGAACCAGAGGAAAAGGCCAAAAUGGAAGCAGUAGAAAAAGCAAAGAAGGAAGCAGAGGAAAAAGCCAAAAAGGAAGCAGCAGAGAAGGCGAAACUUGAAGCAGAGGAAAAAGCAAAGAAAGAAGCAGAAGAAAAAGCAAAGAAGGAGGCAGUAGAAAAAGCUAAGAAGGAAGCAGAAGAAAAAACAAAGAAGGAAGCAGAGGAAAAAGCCAAAAAGGAAGCAGCAGAGAAGGCGAAGCUUGAAGCAGAGGAAAAAGUAAAGAAAGAAGCAGAAGAAAAAGCAAAGAAGGAAGCAGAAGAGAAAGCCAAAAAGGAAGCAGAGGAAAAGGCCAAAAUGGAAGCAGUAGAAAAGGCAAAGAAGGAAGCAGAAGAAAAAGCAAAGAAAGAAGCAGAAGAAAAAGCAAAGAAAGAAGCAGAAGAGAAAACAAAGAAGGAUGCAGAGGAGCAGGCCAAAAUGGAGGCAGUGAAGAAAACGAAACUUGAAGCAGAAGAAAAAGCAAAGAAGGAAAUAGAGGAAAAAGCAAAGAAGGAAGCAGAUGAAAAAGCGAGACGUGACGCAGAAGAAAAAGCGAAGGAAGAAGCAACGGAGAAGACCAGGGAAGAAGUCGCAGAAAAGGUUAAACGUGAGGCAGAGGAAAAGAAAAAACUUGAGGCUGAGGAAGUAGCCAAAAAGGAAGCCGCAGAUAAGACGAAACUUGCAGCAGAAGAAGAAGCAAAGAAGGAUGCUGAGUAUAAAGCACAAAAGGAUGCUGCAGAUAAGACUAGACGUGAUGCAGAUGAAAUGGCUAAGCGUGAGGCAGAAGAAAAAGCUAAGCGCGAGGCAGAGAAUGAAGUGAAAAAGAGGACUGAAGAACAAGCCAGAAAGGAAGCUGCGGAGAAGGUUAAACGUGAAGAAGAAGGAAAUGCAAAGCAGAAGUCUGAGGAGAAGGUCAAAAAAGAAACCGAAGAGAAGGUUCAGCGUAAUGCCAAAGAGAAGGCUGAUUUCGAGGUUAGAGAGGAAACAAUAGUGGGAGCGAAGGAAAUUACUCAUCAAGACGUCAAAGCAAAGUCCGAGGAAAAAGAAUGUGGUCGCACUGAUGAAUUGUCCAGUCGCAAAGCAAAUGAGGAACUAUCUCGAGUGGCAGAUGAAAAGAUAAUAAGUAAAACUAAUAAGGAUAUUGAAACACAUACGAAGCAAGUUUACGUAACAGAAAAUAAUGACACAUUUAAUCGAGGGGCAAAAGCAGCAAUCAAAAAAACAGCUGCAGAACUCACGAUUACUGGUCAAACUGCCAAAGACCAUUAUUCUGGAACGUCUCUACGUGGAUCCACUCACGGUAGUUACGUUACUAAGAAAUACGAAAUCACGGAUGAUUUAAGAGUCACUGCAGAAAAGUUGAGAGAUCAGUGCUCCGAAGAACUUAAGCACAGCAGGAGGAGCGUCUCACGAUCUGAAAUAAGGGCUACCUCAGAGUCACCGAGCUUUAUGAAUACGCACAGCGCAAGGGAUUAUCAAUAUAAACGAAUCAACUUGGAUAAUGUUGAUAUCCACAGUUCUACUUAUUCAAGGACUAAAUCACCCCUAGAAAGAGCUCGAUCACCAUACGUCAGUAGAUCACCUGUUGGAGUAGCUAGGAGCCCAGAUUUGAUUCAUCAGUUGAACAGGAAGAUGCAUCUGAGCUCGAACUAUUACAAGAGAGAAUAUACACCUGACCUUACGGAUCGACUGACCAGUCAGCGGGUAGGAUCACCUGUGGACUCAUAUAAAGGCAGGAGUGACUCCCGACUUGGUGUUUCGGAAUCUGAGGACGAUUACACGCUCAGAGAGAACUCAUUGUCAAGAUCUCGUAGUUUUGACCGAAUGGCUUAUAAUUACAUAAGCUCUAAGGCUGACCGGCAUUCCGAUUAUUUGUCUAAUUCGGGCAGAUAUGCAUCACCUCUGAGGACGAAAUGGUCUGAAAGUGUCGUUUCUGAUGAUGAGAUGUAUCAUUACUCCAAGGUCCAUUCUCGCUGUAUUGUUCAUGAUCAGCAUCCUAAAGUGAAAACAACAGACUCAAGACCUCAUUUCUGUGGUCGAUUGUCCAAUCGAUCGACCACCGUAGGAUCCAGGGUGAAGUUGACAUGCAGUGUGAUUGGUUACCCGGAGCCAAAAAUUGAAUGGUACAAAGAUGGACUCCCCAUUAUCCAUAAAAAACGGGAUUUCAAGUAUCAUGUGAAGUUGUACAAAGGUCUCGCUAGUCUGGAAAUUUUCGGAGCACAAGUGAGUGACUCAGGGAACUAUACUUGCGUGGCCACAAAUGACUACGGAAGAUCCAUCACAGCUGCCAACAUUCAAGUCUUCCCUGACUACGAGACUCAGCGAAUGUCAGAACUUUCGAACCGAUCCAUAGAAUCGGAUUUCCUUCACAUGCGUUGUAUUAGGGACUCGUUCUCACCCCGACCGAGCUCCAUCCUGAGGGACCUGACUCAUUCCGACCACUUAUCAGCUCCCAAAGGUGUGGACCUCGACGGUGACCUCUUUAGCCCCAGAUCUGGUCUAUCGUCGCCCGAUUACGGUAGGCCCGUCGUCACGACUUUAGCCUCGGAGAACUUCGUCCCGGCCGGUGGAACUGCUGCAUUGCACGUCCAUUUUAAAGGCACCCCAUACUCAGACGUGACCUGGCUGAAGGGUAGCACGCCGAUCUCAACGUCCUCCUCGCGCUACAGGUACGUGCGAGAGCCGGACACGCACACUCUCAUCGUUAGUGACGUCACCCCGGAGGAGACGGGGAAGUACGUCUGCCGGGCGUACACCGGGCUUGGAUACGUGGACACGACGGCCACCAUCGAGGUCGUGUCUGCGGGCAACGUCCGCGGCAACAACCGCCCGGCGAUGUUCGUCAACCGGCCCAGCACCAGCCUCACCUUCGUCGUCGGCGAGGACAUCACGCUGUCCUUCCGGGUCGCCGGAACACCCAAGCCCAAAGUUUCAUGGAUGAAAGGAUUGAAGGACAUCACGAACAGUUUCAGGACUGUGAAAGAGACUUAUGACGACUACGUGAGAUUAACCUUAAAGCGGGCACAACCUUCAGACGCUGGAACUUAUUUCAUCGUUGCGAAGAAUAUUUACGGCUGUGAUAGAGCAUUCGUCACCGUUCGGAUCCGGGAGAGAGCGCGGUCAUUGACACCUCUUCCAAGAGAUCAACGGAGGGAGGCAAGUGUUUUAAGCGAUUACUUAGCGGAGUCACAAAUCAAGCAGCGAGAAGUUCCUGGCCGUAUCGCGGGUCAGCCACAAGUCGUCGAAACUGGCCGAAAUUGGGUGACAAUCUCAUGGCCGAAACCAGAAAUAAAAGACUCUACCCCCGUCCUAGCCUACAAAAUUGAAGCCUGGCUUGUGGGUGCAGAAGGAGGUGCAAAAUGGAAAGAGCUGGGCGUGACGCCGAGCAAUACCCUGGAUGCCUUCAACCUGCAGCCGGGCGGGGAGUAUCUCUUGAGAAUCCGGGCGCGGAACCGCUACGGCUGGGGCGAGCCGCUCAUCAGCGAUAAGCCCAUCGUCAUCGGGCAGCUGGUCGACAUGCCGGAGAUCGUCAAGGACAUGCCCGCCCUCGUCAGGGCUCUCGAUGGUACCAAUGUCGCACUCACCUUCUUCGCGAAAAGCGCCACCCUGCCGGUGUUCACGUGGUACAAAGACGGGGAGCUUUUGAACUUCGAGAAGAAGCCGAGCGAGAAGUACGAGAGGACUUUCGACGGCCGGAAAGUGCGGCUCCUCAUCGUCUCGGCGACCGCCGACGACGCGGGUCACUACGUUUGCGAGGUGAAGAACGAAAAAGGAAGGGUCUCCUCCCACGGUCGUCUGGAAGUCGUCGCCGACAAGAAGCAGUGGGACGCGAUGGAGAAGCUCAGGAAUGCCGCAAACCAAGAGUCUCCAGAUAAACCGCCAGAGUUCGCCAUGCAUUUACGGGACCGACGGGUGAAGGUCAACUUUCCCGUGCGACUUACAUGCCAAGCCACCGGCUUCCCUGAGCCUAAGGUCCAGUGGUUCAAGGAUGAUGAAAGAAUUUUUGAGGAUGAAAAGUACGCGUUCUUCAGCGGCGAGCAGUUCUUCACGUUGGAGAUCGGGAGCGCGACGGUGGAGGACGGAGGGAAGUACUCGGCGAGGGUCUACAACGAGCACGGUUCCGUCUCCUGCCACUGCAACCUCAUCGUGGACAAGGGGCUCAAGGCCUACGUCAUCCCCAAGUUCACGCACACCCUCGAGCCAACGGUCACCGUCAAGGAAGGCGGCACCCUACGCCUCGACGCCCAAGUCGAGGCCUACCCAACCGUCGGAAUAUCCUGGCGUCGGGACGAUCUGAGGCUGCGGCCGAGCCGGUACAACUCGAUGACGUUGGACGUGAACGGGAAGGUGCACCUCUCGAUCGCCGGGAUCACGAUGCGCGACGCCGGCAACUACAUCUGCACGGCCAGCAAUGACGUCGGCAACGCUGAAACCAGGACCAAGGUCUUCGUCGAGCGCUCAGACACCCCAAGGGACCCCAACGCCCCUCCCGCCAUGCAGGAGGACCUCAAAGUAUAUUCGAAAGAGCCUAAAUUCUUGACGAAGCCUCUUUCCGCAGAAGCGGUUGAAGGUGACACUGUUAUCAUUCGUUGUGACGUCAUUGGAGAUCCCAAGCCUGAUGUGGUCUGGCUUCGAGACUGGUUAAAGACUGAAUACUAUCGGGAUUCAUGCCAAUUCAAACGGAUUGGAGAAGGACCUGGUUAUCGCCUCGAAAUUCCAAAUGUUCAACUAGACCACACCGGAACUUACGCCAUCUACGCGUGCAACCCCUAUGGCGAAGUUAAAGCAGUGAUAUCCCUCCAAGUUUUCGCCAAAGGUCAAGGUAAAGAGGGCGAAAACGGAAUGGACCGCAGCAGUAUUAGACAUGGACCAGUACAAACAGCCCCAAUUUUCAUCCGAAGAUUGAAAGAUAUAAGAUGCUGCGAUGGGGAUUCGGUCGUUUUCGAAUGCGCUGUCCGAGCUGAGCCUAGGCCAGAGAUUAGAUGGGAAAAAGACAAAAAGCCUUUAGCUUACACUGAAGACUUCCGAGUUGAGCACGUAGGCGAGAUCGUUAAACUGCACAUCUCUAAAGUUUACCCGGAGGAUGAAGGGGUUUACGCUUGCAUCGCCUUCAACGACGGUGGCAAAGCAUCCACCUCUGCCGCUUUAACUGUUGAUGCUCCUGUUGAUAGAGACGCCAUUCUUCAAAAGCAAUUGAAAUUGCCGGGCAGCCCUCGCUCAGGGAGUGUGACUCCGAAAUCACCAACGCCGAAAAUACCUUCGAGGAGUAUAUCACCUGCUGUUCUAAAAACGCGAGAGAAAUCCCCCUCGACGACGCUGGGGACAUACUCAAGACUGAAGCAGAAACGGGCCCAGGCCCCGAAAUUCUACGCGGUCCCCCACAACAAGGUGGCCGACGAGGGCGAGACGGUUCGGUUCCAGUGCGCGGUGGCCGGACACCCUGCGCCCUACGCCUUCUGGGACAAGGACGGCGAGCGCAUCAACUCCACCCCAAGGAUCAAGGUCUUGGAGAGGGAUGAUCUCAGGAUACUAGAAAUCAACGAUGUCAACGCCAUGGACGCCGGUCUCUACCGGGUCAGGAUAGAGAACGACUUCGGGGGAAUCGAUGCCUCUGCCAGACUAGAGAUUAUAAGUAAUAAAAGAAGGAACAGCGGUGGUAUAAGACUGACUGAUACCUCUUCAGCAUCUCCUACUUUUGGAAGAAGACUGUCAGGAUCUGCUGCCAGAGAAGGCAGUAAAUUUACUUUUGCUUGCGACGUCCAAGCGUCACCCUCUCCUGUCACAUCUUGGUAUAGAAACGGUGAUCCAAUCGAAUCAUCUGAGCGUAUAGUUCCUAGUUGGGAUGGCAAAACAGCUCGACUAGAGCUGAAACAGCUACGAAAAGGAGACUCAGGAGUUUAUCAGUGUAUAGCAGAAAAUGAACUCGGAAAAACAAGGUGUUCGGCCGAGCUAGUCGUUGUUGAUUCCCAAGAUUCCAGUGAUGCAGAUCUCAAACCGCCAGUAUUUGUCUCUGGUUUACCAGCAUCAACCCAUGCCAUCGAAGGCCAGCCUUUUGAGCUCAAAAUCAAGUUAGAAGGCUCUGAACCCAUGGAAGUCAUAUGGUUAAAGAAUGGAGAAGAAAUCCCUGACUGUGAAGAUUUCAGGUACAAAGUUUAUGAAGGUGGAAGUUACGGCCUAUUGUUCGCUGAUGUAUUCUCUCCAGAUUCUGGUGUCUACAGCUGUACUGCAUACAACUCUUUUGGAGAUGCCAUUUCCACAGGAAAAUUUAUUGUCAGAGAUGAGUUCUCCAAUGGUGACACAAUUGAGCCGCAAUUACAGUUUGUCAAAUCGCCCAAUCCUGUGGUGGCUAUUGCAGGAGGAAUGGCAACUUUCUGUGCCAAAAUCAAGUACAUGGACAAAAGACUGCGGCCAUCUUUAAAUUGGAUUGUUGCUGGUCAAGAUACCAAUAAAAAUCCUCAAAAAUUCAAGGUGGAAGAGGUUGGAGACACAAGUGUUCUUCAUAUCGCAGGAGUAGACACAAACGAUGCGGGUGUUGUCAAGUGUGUUGCCACUCUCGGUGACGACUCUUGUGAGAGUUUGACAGAGCUGAAGGUGGAACAGUUGGAGAAGUAUGAAACCCCCGCCAUUCUGACACAAGGCCCUGCUGACAUAUCGGUUCUACGAGGUGAGAAGGUGGUCCUGACUGCUGCGUUUGUGGGACGUCCUGAUCCUUUUGUUCGAUGGCUGAAAGCGGGUAGAGAAUUGUCCUCAGAUGGUCACAUAGAGAUUGUAACAAAAGACGGCAUGUCCAGUCUAACCAUUUCAGGGAUUAACACUGAUGACAGUGGGAAAUAUGUAGUUAGUGUGGAAAACAUUCAUGGUGCUGACUGCCAUUUUGCAUCCGUCGCUGUUGAAGGUUCUCCAGACCCACCAGCAAAGAAACCCAGUGUUUUAGCCAACGAAAGAUCUGCUCUCAUCACUUGGUCGAGUCCUCCGUUUGAUGGUGGAUGCAUGAUCACUGGUUACACAAUAGAAAUGAAGACUGUUAAGCAGAGAGACUGGCACGUUGUCACUGACAGGUGUCAUUCUCUUUCUCACACCGUGGGUGAGCUUACACCAGGAGAGAGUUAUAUCUUUCGGGUUCGAGCUGAAAAUGUUCAUGGACUUAGUGAACCCAGCGCUGAAUCCCAAGUAGUUCAAAUCAAACAGACAGAGGAUGAUCUAGUGGCCAUUUACGGAACAGAUACAGUGAAAGUUGAAAACGGUGAAGAUUUCAAGGACCGUUUUGAAGUCCUCGAAGAACUUGGCAAAGGUCGGUUUGGAAUCGUGCACAAAGUAACAGACAAGACGACUGGUUGUAAGCUUGCCGCAAAGUUUGUGAAGUGCAUUAAAGCGAAAGAUAAGGAAAAGGUCUGGGAGGAGAUUAAUAUCAUGAACUGUUUGCGGCACCCAAAAUUGUUACAGCUCAUUGCUGCUUUUGAAAACUCUAGAGAAGUCAUAAUGAUUUUAGAAUAUAUUUCAGGAGGAGAGCUAUUUGAGAGAGUUGUCGCUGACGACUUCACUUUAACUGAAAGAGACUGUAUCCUUUUCAUGCGGCAAAUUUGUGAAGGAGUAGACUUUAUGCACCAAAACUGCGUUGUACAUCUGGAUUUGAAGCCGGAAAACAUAAUGUGCCGCACGCGAACCUCACACGAAAUUAAACUUAUAGAUUUCGGUUUAGCAAGAAAAAUUGACCCAAAUGUAGAUGAAAGGCAUUUAUUCGGAACGCCUGAAUUUAUUCCUCCAGAAAUUAUCAACUAUGAACCAAUUGGUGUUGAGUCAGACAUGUGGUCUGUAGGAGUCAUUUGUUACGUGUUGUUAUCCGGUCUGUCACCAUUCAUGGGUGACAAUGAUGCAGAGACAUUUGCAAACAUAACAAGAGCUGAUUUUGAUUUUGAUGACGAAGCAUUUGAUGCCAUUUCUCAAGAUGCCAAAGACUUUAUCAGUGCGCUUCUUGUGAAGAGGAAAGAGAAAAGAUUAACAGCCAAGCAGUGUUUGGAACACAAAUGGAUGACCCAAGUUGAUACUGAAAUGAGCUGUGUUGCGCUCAGCACUGAUAAACUUAAGAAAUUUAUCAUUCGCCGCAAAUGGCAGUCAAUGCCUCAAAAGUUCGACAGACAGACCGCCUAAAAAAGCUGUACGAGCCACAGCUUCCAGCGCAGUCGAAAACCACAUCACCCUCUACGACAGCCAAAAAAACUGUUUCAUCGAGCACAAAUCCGUCUUUUCAAAAAGUUGUUGCCUUCUGGAAACGGUGAUUUCACCUAUUCACCUUUCUUGUCCUCUUUGUUUGCAGGUAAUAUUUUGUAAGUAAAUUAUUCUUGUAUUUAUACACCUCUGUUUUUGUUGUUUUUUAUUAUUUGUGAGUUUCUUUUGUUGUGUAAUUUUUUCUUUUUUUUAUCUCGCUAAGUUAUUUGUGCUGUUAAGAAAGUUCUUCAUUUUCUGUACCUACUGUCAUUAAGUGACUUGGUUGUAGAUUCUCUGUUUUGAGCUCCAGGCUCAUUCUAAAUUCAUACCCCCAGAAAUAUCUCAUGCGAAGAGAUAAAAUCAGUGCCAAAAGUGCCUAAGAUCACCCCACUUUUAAAUCCUCUUCUUUUCAUCCUUCAAUUUUUUUUGAUCGGAACUGUUGUUGAACCGUGCAUCCUUUAAUUUUAAAAUUAUUAAAACUGAAAACUGUUUUCUCUUGUAAAUAUUGUAUUUUACUUCAAUUUCUCAACAAUUGUAAGCACUUGCACAAUGCACAUUUGUAGAGCUAUAAAAUUGCUCUACCUUUUCUCUAUGUCUUGUCAGUAUGGUAGAAUUUUUUACCGUCCCAAAUUUUUUGAGAAAAAAUUGUCAAUUUCAUCUGAUCAUUCAAUUUAAAAUGCUGUCGGUUGUAAUUUUUCAUUGCUUUCAAGCAUAAUUGUAUCUGUAUUUUACCUUAAAAAAAGAUUAACCGAGCUUAAAUCUCUAUAUUAGUCCUCAUCUUUAUAAAUGAAGUGACUUCUACAUAUGAAUUAAAAUAAUCAGUCUACCAGGUAUAGAAGAAAUGGACUUUUUGCAAUUUGGAACUAUGAAUUCUGGCCCGGUUUAAAAACAACGAAUGUGCCAUUAGUUCCCCUAUGCACAUAAGUGUUUUUCCAGAAGAGCCAGAAUUUAUAGUUCUAAAUUGCAAAAUUCAGUCCAAAUGUCCUUCAAAGAUUCAUCUAGUAUUCCAUUUUGUGAAUCUUCACAAAACUCUGCAAUUUUAAGGGAGCUUAUGGAGUCAAAAAUUAUCAAAUUUUGUCAUGGUGCCUUUAAAACGUAGGUUUUUAUGUUUUAACCCUUCCUCUAAGAGUUACCAAGUAUUGUUACGAAUCAGCAGAAAAUCCGUUUGUGUAAAUCAUGCCACAUCCUAUUUUGUACCAAAGUCCUGUAUUUUAUAACUAGGAUAGUUUUGAUGCUGUUUUACAAGCGCAAUACAAAUUUAGCUGUUUUUUCAAGUUAAACAAUUCAUUGUUAAAUACGUUACUUUGAUGUAUUGAGUUUCAGAUAAUAAAAGUUGGAACUUGUUAAUGUA